AUGAUGUCGUCAGGAUCAUGUCUAGAUAGCCUUCAAGAUGGAUUAAUCACGGCGUGUGCGUGGGAUUCACGUAUAAAUGGCGAAUUUUUUCAUCAAACAACUUUUAGUGUUCCUUUCACGCAAGUCAAAAGUUUUAUCAACGACAUCAAAUCUCUUGUUAAGAUUGAACCAAAAUCUCUAUUCGGCCUUGAGCUGCACUAUGGUAUUCUGAUGCGAUAUGUCACAUCAUCUCCAGCUUAUCUAGGGAAAGAAACCGAAGCCCUAGACUUUGACAUAACUUAUUACAGAGCGAAAGACCCAUUAACACCACGACUCUAUGAAGAUUUUAUUGAAGAAAUCGAGCAAAUUGCGUUGUUCAAGUAUAAAGCAUUGCCACAUUGGGGUAAGAAUAGAAACUUAGCGUUUGAUGGAGUGAUUAAAAAGUACAAGAAUGCGCCGGCAUUCUUGAAAGUAAAGGAAAGUUAUGAUCCGACCGGUUUAUUCUCAAGCGAAUGGACCGAUCAGAUCCUAGGGAUCAAAGGAAACACAACAAUAGUAAAAGAUGGAUGUGCAUUAGAGGGUUUGUGUAUAUGUUCGAAGGAUGCUCAUUGUGCUCCUACCAAAGGAUAUUUGUGUUGA